CCGCAGGACCGCGGGCUAAGGCCGGCUUUUCAGCAGUACCUGGCGCUGGGCGCCUACGAGGCGAGAGCGCACUAGGGGCGCGGGCUGUAUCGGGGUUCGCGCCCCGGCUCCUCCUGUUCCUGCCGCACCCUCUUCCCGGGCGCCUAGGGGCGGGGACCGCGGGCUGAGUGGCGGCGGGGCGGCGGCCGGCGGAGAUGGAGGAGCCUGACGCGGCGCGCCUGCCCUCUCGCCUGGCCAGGCUGCUGUCGGCGCUCUUCUACGGGACGUGCUCCUUCCUCAUCGUGCUGGUCAACAAGGCUCUGCUGACCACCUACGGUUUUCCCUCACCAAUUGUUCUUGGAAUUGGGCAGAUGGCCACCACCAUAAUGAUACUGUAUGUGUCCAAGCUAAAUAAAAUAAUCCACUUCCCUGAUUUUGACAAGAAAAUUCCUGGAAAGCUCUUUCCUCUGCCUCUUCUCUACGUUGGAAACCACAUCAGUGGUCUAUCAAGCACAAGUAAAUUAAGCUUGCCAAUGUUCACUGUGCUCAGGAAAUUCACAAUUCCACUGACUUUACUGCUGGAAGCCGUCGUACUAGGGAAACAGUAUUCCUUGAACAUCGUCCUCAGCGUUUUGGCUAUUGUGCUUGGGGCUUUCAUAGCAGCCGGCUCUGACCUUGCAUUCAACUUGGAAGGCUACAUUUUUGUGUUCUUGAAUGAUAUCUUCACAGCAGCAAAUGGAGUUUAUACCAAACAGAAAAUGGACCCGAAGGAGCUGGGGAAAUAUGGAGUGCUUUUCUACAAUGCCUGUUUCAUGAUCAUCCCGACCGUCAUUAUUAGCAUCUCUACUGGAGACUUCCAGCAGGCUACUGAAUUCAGCCACUGGAAGAACGUCUUAUUUAUCAUUCAGUUUCUUCUUUCCUGUCUUUUGGGGUUUCUGCUGAUGUAUGCCACGGUUCUUUGCAGUUAUUACAACUCAGCUCUGACCACAGCAGUGGUUGGAGCUAUCAAGAAUGUAUCGGUUGCCUACAUUGGGAUGUUGGUUGGUGGAGACUACAUUUUCUCUCUCCUAAACUUUAUAGGGUUAAAUAUUUGCAUGGCAGGUGGUUUAAGAUACUCCUUUUUAACACUGAACAGCCAAUUAAAACCUAAACAACCCACGGAUGAAGAAAGUGUCCCUCUGGAUCUGAAGAGCUAGGCUGGAAGGCAGAGUUGCAGGCCUAGGCAGGAGAGGUCAGCCCCAGCAGGAGUGGACAACCUGGAGAUCCCACACCGGGGACAGUCACCUGCUUGGUCGGAGCACAAACAGGAUUGUCUGCGAAACAAAGAAAGCUACCUCAUGUGUCACUGCACAAGGAGCCAAAGGAUCCCAAGACACACAGCACAGAACCUUCCCCAACUAAGUGAAGCAAAUCCAGCCAUGGGGCCCUACACUGUGUGCUGAGGGAUGUUUCAAAGGUGACUUUGCUUAUCAGCACCUUGGCCUUAAUUUCAAAGGUCCCAGCCAAAGCAAGUGCCAGGGAGAACUUUUGUUGCUGUUGUUGAAACAUCUCUUUAUUUUCAUAAAAAUAAAUCAGUUUUGAUUUAAA